GAGCAUAAUUCUCGACCCUCCGGUUUCAACUUCCAAAGUACUAAAAAAAAAAAAUUGCAAAAUCUAACAAGAGUUUAUUACAACAUGACUAGAUGCGUCGUCCUCGGCGGCGGGCAUUAUCUUUGGGUGAGUGAGUGAGUGAGUGAGUGAGUUCUUCGGGGUUCCGCACUCACAAAGGCAACACCCUCCACUUUUGUCCAUCCUCCCCUCACUCUUUUCUGUCUUUCGCUCUUCGUGUGAAGAUAAUUUUAUCUUUCCUUCUCUCUGUAUCUCUCUCUCUCUGUGAUUCUAAUUUCUUCCCUGUUCUCUCAAAAGAAUAUAUUCCUUGCUUUCCAAUUUAUUGGUUACCGUUCCUUUUCCGAAGCUCCAAGAGACAUCACAGCUAAAGAAGUCCCAGUUUGAUUCGAACUUUUUAAAGCUCUCUCUCUCUCUCCAAGUCAUGUAAGCGAUUGCAACCAAAGAAGAAUAUCAAAGUGGCUGUUCUUUAUUAUUCUUCUCUGCUUUUCUUUUCUUUUGUCCCCUGCUUGUUUGUUUCAGUCUGAAGGAGAUCAGAUUUUGGGGUCAAAGAACCUACACAGAUAUGGAACCGGCAGUUCUGGAUGGCAUAAUUAAUAGGCUGCUUGAAGUUAGAGGGAGACCUGGGAAGCAGGUGCAGCUUUCUGAGGCAGAAAUCAGGCAGCUUUGCCUCGUCUCCAAGGAUAUUUUCUUGGGGCAGCCUAAUCUUUUGGAGCUUGAAGCUCCCAUCAAGAUCUGCGGAGAUAUUCAUGGUCAGUAUAAUGAUCUCCUGAGACUUUUUGAAUAUGGUGGAUUUCCUCCUCGCUCCAAUUAUUUAUUCUUGGGGGAUUAUGUAGAUCGUGGAAAGCAAGGCCUGGAAACAAUAUGCCUUCUCCUUGCAUAUAAAAUAAAAUAUCCGGAAAAUGUUUUCCUUUUGAGGGGAAACCAUGAAUCUGCUUCUAUAAACCGUGUAUAUGGAUUUUAUGAUGAGUGUAAACGAAGAUUCAAUGUCAGACUCUGGAAAAUAUUUACAGAGUGUUUCAACUGCUUACCUGUAGCAGCUCUGAUCGAUGAAAAGAUACUCUGCAUGCAUGGGGGACUCUCUCCUGACUUGUACAGUUUGGAUCAGAUAAGGAAGUUGCGGAGGCCUUGUGAUGUUCCAGACUCUGGUUUGCUAUGUGAUAUUCUCUGGUCUGAUCCUAGUAAAGAUAUUCAAGGUUGGGAGGCAAAUGAUAGGGGAGUUUCCUAUACCUUUGGUGCUGAUAGAGUGACAGAAUUUCUUCGGAAGCAUGAGAUUGACUUAAUUUGUCGAGCUCACCAGGUUGUGGAAGAUGGAUAUGAGUUCUUUGCUAAUAGAAAACUUGUAACCAUAUUUUCUGCACCUAAUUAUUGUGGAGAGUUUGACAACGCUGGUGCCAUGAUGACCAUAGAUGAAACUCUAAUGUGUUCCUUCCAAAUAUUAAAGCCUCUAGAUAAGAAGGCAAAGUUUAGCUUUGGGAGCGCUACUUCAGCUAAGCCUGGUAGAAUCAGAAAAAUUUAGUAGUCAUCAUCAGUGCAGAUCUGAGGGAGGAAAGCACUGCAAAAUAAUGUCUCAAAUCAUCCUAGGGGCAUCUUGAGGUACCAUGAUCUGCUCUCUUCCCUGCACCCUAACUGCCAAAAAAAAGGAAAAUAAAAAGAAAGGUUUUCAACAAGUAAAGGGAGGCAUGUGAGUCUUUUAACUGUUAAACAUUGCUCUAUUGUUUGACAUAGAAAGUAUAGCCCCGAGUGAUUUAAGAGGAUUUCAUCUGAUUAUCUUGUUGCUCAAUAAAAGGUUUUCCAAAUCAUAUCGCUUAAUGCUAAUGCGAUGAUGUUGUAUAUGUUACCAUGAAUUCAGGGUAGUCAGUUGCCAGUUGAAUUUAAGACGUCAAGUCCAAACCAAAACUACUGAAUUGUUGAAGUGUCUGAUAAUUUCUUCACUCUAAGAUAUCCCAUUGUCGAUGUAACAGUGUCCAAGAUGGGUGCUUCACUUUGAUUAACCAUGAACUAUGAACAAUAAUGUUUUCGAUGGAAUCUCUGGCGAACUAAUAGAUUAUGUAUCCCAGGCCAUACCCAUAUGUGCUCAGUUUGAGACGGGAGCCUAUAGUGUGGUGUCCACGUAUAGUAUGCCAUACAUUAUUUUCCUUGAAUCUUGGUAAUUGUGUUUACUCGUUGUUGAAAACUAUUCCCUAGUUUUAGUAUUGUUGAAGGCCAGCAAUUGUUUUGGGGCUCCUUAAACUUCUUGCCAUAAUGAAGUUCGACUGUGUUUUCUUGCGUCAAGUUGUAUUGGUGAUGCUGUAUGGUAAACUUACAAUCCUUGCUUAUUAUUGACAGUUGGUUUAACCCCUGGCAUGAGGUUUUUCUAACCUGCCCAGUGUUUUUGUGAGAUGCGAGAAAUUGUUGGUCAAGCUGUCUAAUAAGAUGUGUUUUAGUGGGAGUUUGAAUCUCUUCAUAGGAGCUCUAUUAACCUUGAUCUUCUCAGAUCUUAUAUGAUUUAUCAAGUUAUGGAUCAGCUAACCGAUAAAUAAUGCAAACUACCUUGUUAUAUUGGAAAGGGAUUCUUAUAAUCUUAUUAUUAAAUGACAUCAUCCAUGAAUAAGUUUCUCUGUUUGUAGAGUUCAACCCUGGUUUCUUUAUCAACGUUUGCUACAAGUCAUAUGUCAUUAGUGUUUUGCUUUCACAUUAACUUGAAACUUACUCAUCUUCCAAAGUGGGUGUCUCAUCUUAGAGGUGUUCUUUUUUAUGUUCCUCUAUAUUGAGCUAAAAAUUGCCAUGAACUUGACAAUGGUACAUUUGAUCCCUAAUGUUCUUACCUAACACUUUAAAUUGUUUUCUUUCAUC